ACCACCAGAAGUGCCAGUAGCGUCUCUCUGCUUCCCAUAAAUUGUACCUUAACUAACUGAUUAGCCAAGUUGCGCAGAUAAAUCCAGCCAAAUUAUAAGGGCAAAUCUGGUCAGUCUGACGGUAGAGUAGAGACUCCUCGUGUGUCGAGCUAUUUAUUGGAGAGGAUUAUUUUACUUACAGGGUGUAAAAAAGCGAAAAAAAGUUGAACCGGAAACGGUGGAAACUUGAUACACCUGAAAUCUUCACCUGUUCCUUUGUCUGUAGAAUAAGUGGUGGUGCGAAUUGUAGUGUAAAAAAUAUAUACAGAGUUCUCUGCAACUUUAUUUAACCCCACCCAAGUGAUUUUAUUUAUCCACCUGCUCCUUCUUCUUCUGGAUGGGUGGCGUAUUUCAAGCGUGAAGUCAACAAUGGAUUAAUCGAGGUUUUAUUUAUUAUUGUGAGGAGACUGGUAGGAGAAGGAGGAGAAUCGUCGUCUUGAGAUUUAUUGGGGCUUGUUAGGUUCCAAAGUUCAGUUUUACAGUUUUCUUGAGAGACUUUAGACGUCAUGUUGACGGAGUGUUUUCAAAUUCGGAUCCGAUUUCCGCGAAAGCCGAGAAAGGUGCACUGCCUGGAAAUCAAUAAUAGUGACCCUGUUGUUGUUGUGACCCCGGUCAUAGUUCAAAAAGUUGUGUCAUCAUCAUGCCCACCGCCACGACCACCCCCUCCAAAACCAAGGCUCGUGAUACAUCUCCCGUCUCCGGAAGGGUUUUCCACGCCGCGUCUGCCCGCAACGCCACAGCCAAGGAAGAGGCUCAGAAUUCGGGGAAAUGCCAGGAAACGGGCACUCCUUAAAGCGUUGGCGGAUGGGGGUGACGGUGAAGGCGAGAAUGAAGACUUUUUUGAAAAGUUCUCCUCCAUCCGGAUCUCAUAUGCGGCGAGUGAGAAGAAACGCAUUCAGGAAUUCCAGUUUCCGACGGAUGAGAUUGAUGGGGAAUUGGCGGAUCAACUCUGGCCCACGUUGGGAGGUUGGAAUAUUGACGAUUUAUACAGUGAAGUGCUCUACGCCCUGGUGCGCGGUCGUGGCGCACAGUCCGACUCCCUCAUCUGCCACCUGCAGCAAGUCUUUCACAUUGAUAACGACAAGCAUGCGCGCCUCCUGGAGGCCGCCCGCGAGAAAAAAGCACCCCCACUCGUCCUCAACCUUGAAGUCGUCGAAGCCAAGGGGCUCAAGGGCAAGGAUGUCAACGGUCUCAGCGAUCCCUUUUGCACCCUUUUCGUCUCUCCGAAGCAGAAACAUAACACGUCGAUGAAACCAGAAACGUUAAAUCCCGUGUGGAGAGAAUAUUUCUCAUUCCCUGUCUCCACUGUGGAAGAUGACACCCUAAAUAUUGAAGUUUGGGAUUAUGAUCCCGAGGAAACGCUGGCAGAUAAGAUGAAACGUUUCGGCGAGGUCAAGUCGACACGAGGGUUGCGCAUUUUGAUGAAGGAAAUCGCUCUCACAGCCUCCACCGGAAAACAGUCUCACGAGUUCCUCGGCUGUCUCAAAAUACCUCUCAAUACCAUCCCACCCGAAGGGAUCGACUCGUUCUUCGGUCUGGAGAGCAGGAACGGGAACGGUCACAAGAAGAAGGGAGAAGUUCACCUAAGGAUGGCCCUCGGCGCGGAGAAGGAGAAGAAGGUGGCGGCGCAAGAGUACCGCCACGUGCUUCACCUCCUCCUCGUGCACGAGCUGGACGAGGAAAACGUCCCCCCGCACGAAUGGGAUGGCAAGUUUGCCAAACACUCGGAAUUCAUCCUCCGCCAGCUCGAACUUUUGGGUGGACUGAACCAAAAAGAUGUCGACAUGGCGAGAUGGCUCGUCUACACGCGCGUCCAGUGCGAACAUCCCCUCAACGUCAAAGUCUUCCCCGUCCUGUUUAAAACCUUGGUCAACUAUGUGAAAGGUGGUCUCCUCGGGGAUGAUGAUAUUCGAAAGUUCUGGUUCGCGACGGAGAAAUUGGUGGAAAACUUUGCAACAUUUUUUAAGAAUAUUCACCAAUGUUUCCUCUCCAACGGGGGCGGCGUCACGCAGACGUAUCACAUGUUGCAGACCCUGGAGAUGCUCGUGUCUCACUUAAAAACACGCCAAAAGUCGAACAAGGAUCUUGAGGGGAAGAUCUCGGUAGAAUUUGUGAUAGAAAAAACUGAAAAUGCCAUUUCCAGAGGGGCCAACGAGCUAUUUUCCGGCGUUUCGCAACCAUCUCACAAUGGGCAUGAGUCCCCGGUGGAAAACAUGAUCAAAAUCGGUCAGAUUAUCAUAGCCGAUUUGCGGAAGGGCCUUGAAACUCUGCACGCUUUGUUCAAAGAACUCUUGAACGUCGACUAUUUCGACAUCACUUACAAAGUGUAUGACGAAAAGUACCACGACAUGGUGAAACCUUUCGUGGAGGAGAUUUGCAGUCAUUUGAAACCUCUCGACCUCCGCGAGGACGACGGCUUCCUGCAAAAUCAGGACGUCACGAUGGGCACCAAUCUCUUCGAGCUGUACCUCGCCGUCAAACAAUUUGCAGACUUAUCUUCGAAACUGACGUCGCCCAAGGAUCUCUACAUCCAGGGGUCAUUCCACAACUGGUUCCACACGAGCGUGGCGCAAUGGUUGGACAUCGCGUAUUUCAAGGCCAUUAAUCGUAUCAAGAAAGCCGUGCAGCUCGAUUCACUGAAACCGGUGGACGAAUUCGCCCAGUUUACAUCCUCCGCGGUCGACACGGCACAUAUUUUCCAUCAGAUACAAAUUUUCUGGAGUCAAUUAGCCUGGCCGGAGAUUGAAGGGUCGUACAGCUUUAUUGCCAAGAUUUUGGAUGAUUUGUGCCGAUGCACGAUCUAUUACACGGAGAUGAUGUGCAUAAAAGUGGAUGAGAUGGAAAGCGGACAGGAUGACAUAUCAGAAGAGCUCUGUUUCGCGAUCAACAAUAUCGAAUGGGUCGGGAUGGAAAUGUCCCCAAUCAGCGAGAAACUCGGGAUCAAGAGCAUCAUCAAAGAGCUCCAAGACAUCCGCGGACCUUCCGUCGCCGCGCAGUGUGAACGCACGCUCAUCACCGUGAUGGAAAACGCCAAAGAAAACGUGCACAAUAAAGUUAUCGAAGUUUUAGAAAAAGUUGGGGAUAAGAUGCGCCCCAUGAUUCUUCGCUUACUUUUGGAAGGAUCUGAAACAGAUUCGGAAUCUCAUUUGAUCGAAACGCUGAUGAAAUAUUUGGAUAAAAACUUGAUCAAAUUGAAGCACAAACUUUCACAGAAUAAUUUUGACAAGAUUUUCGUCAUUUUGUGGGAAAAUGCUGCCGUCGCGUUGAAAGAGUUGAUCAAUACGAAUAUCGAGAAACGUCGUCCGCCCUCCUUUUUUAAGCAGAUCCACAACAUGUUGCAAAUCCUGAUAAACUUUUUCUACCCGGAAGGCGACUCCGCGACGAGGCGGAUGGACGCCACGUACAACUCGAGCAUUCGUGAGAUGGAGGAGUUGAUCAGUCUCUACGGCGCCACGACGGGCGAGCUGGUCAUGAAGUAUUACGCCGAACGGUGGCAAACCCAGGCCGCCACGUCCAACAAGACCAGCGAGUUGGGCUCGCUCACCGUCCGCGCCCACUACUGCGAAGACAUUCACACCCUCAAGGUCGAAAUCCUCAACGCUAGGAAUCUCAAGAGCGCAGAUGCAAAUGGUCAAUGUGACCCCUACGUCAAGCUGAAGCUCGUCCCGCACGAAGUAUUCCACAUGACGCCGAAAUUUAGAACCAAGACGAAAAAGAAGACGCUUUUCCCUCUCUUUGAUGAAACGUUUUCUAUAAUACUGAGCCCUGAGGAGAUGUCGCUGGGCGGAAUGAUGGUUUUCUCCUUGAAGGACCACGACCUAUUUGGGCGGAACGACUUCAUCGGCGAGUGUUUCCUUCCCCUGGAGUCCGUCCCCUUCACCACGGCGUCCACCUCGCUCCAAGACCUCCCACAAAUCUUCCUCUCCAUCACGAAACCUGCCCAGCCAAACUCUCCCAUCCUCCUCACCCUCGAAAAUCGAGUCUGGGACCGGGCGGCCACUGACUUUUUGAAACACGAGCGACAAAAAUUCAUCGCCUCGUCCACAUCCCCGCAGCAAACAUAGGAUUAUAGCCCGAGCUAAAUAGUUUUCAUAUUUAUUACAAAAUCCGUUAGCUAGUUACAAAUUAAAUAAAGAAAAAACUUUCCAACUUUA